AUUCAAUACAUUUUGGAAGCGACAGAAACUAUAGACCAUGAAAGUUUGGAUUUCCUCAAAAGAAAAAAAGCCCAUGGGUUUGGAUCAAAGCCCAAACGCACGCCACUCUCUUCAAUCCAGAAUCCCUAAGAAUUGCCAUCACUGGACUCUUACGAGAAGCGAAUUUCCCGCCGUUGCCUCCAGCUCCAAAACCGCCGUCAAUCGCCGUCCAAACCCUCGCCGCCCGCCGACCGCUUACUGCUGCCGUGAAAUCAGUCGCCUCGCGCCACCCAACUCUCCCCCCGAUCCAGCCUCUUUGGUAGUAGCUAUUCCAGAUUCACAAACCAGACCAGGAGCGAGAACCCUAGAAGAGAUACAAAAGAAAGUGACAAUGGGGUUGGUAGACUCAUCUGGGGAUUUGUCUGGAGAAAUGGAAGUGGAUGCAUUCAGGCGCCUCUUCCCGCUGCGCUACUAUGAGCGCCAUCUUGCCGAAUCUAUACGACCUGACGGUAGGACUCUUGGAAUGGCUAGAGAUACCACAUUGGCAUUGGGGGCUGUUUCUUCAGCGGAUGGAUCUGCUCUCACAAAGAUCGGCUCUACUACAAUGCUUGCUGCCAUAAAAAUGGAAGUCAUGACUCCUUCUGCAGAAUCACCUGAUGAGGGGUGUAUUGCUAUUGAGUUUCACAUGCCACCAAUUUGCUCUCCCAUUGUCAGGCCUGGCAGGCCUGCUGAAGCAGCAGUAGUUGAGUCAAAGCGACUGUCUGAUACCAUAUUGAGGUACGGAAGAAUGGAAUCACUUGAUGUUCAACCAAGAACCAUCUGGCUGGUCUUUUGCAGUUCUGGGAUGAUUAAUCUGAAGGAACUUGCUUUGGUCAGUGGAAAAGCUGCUUGGAUGGCUUACUUGGACAUAUAUUGUCUAGAUGCCGAUGGUGCACUUUUUGAUGCAGCAUUGCUCUCAGCUGUGGCUGCAUUCUCCCAUUUGCAAAUCCCAGUAGUUUCCCUGAACGACAAAGGGAAAAUAGUAGCCUUCACAGAGGAAGGUGAUACUGUAGGGAAGUUGGAGAAAGAAGCAGUUAACAAAGAGAAGAGAAAACUAACACUGGGCAACAUCCCUUUCUCACUCACAUGUGCACUGCAUAAGAAGCACAUCUUGGCAGACCCCAGUUCGGAAGAAGAGUCCAUCAUGGAAACUCUCGUGACAGUGGUCAUGGACUCGUCCGACAGACUUGUCUCGUUCUACAAACCUGGUGGAGCUCUUGCCUAUACGUCUCUUGUUACAGAUUGUGUACGAUUGACGAGGCAAAGAAUGAAAGAACUCGAGAAGAUCCUUGAUGAAGCCUUUUCGGGGAUGGAGGUUGACUAGUUUUGCUACUGCUACCCAUAUGAGUUUUCCUUGGGGAUGGAUGAAUCUGGCUAAUCUUGAUGUUCACAAUCUCAACGGAGUGGACACCGCUGGAUGGCAAAAUCAACAGGACUGAUGUCCCCUCUUUGAAUAUGUGCAGUUCCUAACUUCACAAUGUUUGAUUAGGUAGGGGAGAAAUGUGCACUAAUUUAUGACAUCAAAUUUUGGUUGUUGGCGGACCGUCAUAUUUUGUUAUCUCUUCACGAUGUGCCCACUGUUACUAUCUACUAACUCAAUGAGAGAAGAUAAAAACUAGAGGUG